CUUUACCUCACUCGCAAGCCGUGCAGUGUGGACAACGGAGGCGGAAGCAGUCGUGGCAGGAUGAGUGCAGGCUCCGAUCCCGUGGUCAUCGUCUCGGCGGCACGGACCGCCAUAGGCUCCUUCAAUGGUGCCUUGUCUGCUGUGCCUGUCCAGGACCUGGGCUCGGCUGUCAUCAAAGAAGUCCUGACCAGGGCCAAGGUGGCUCCGGAGGAGGUGUCCGAGGUCAUAUUCGGACACGUUUUGGCAGCAGGUUGUGGGCAGAAUCCUGCUCGACAAGCCAGUGUGGGUGCAGGGAUCCCCUACUCUGUUCCAGCGUGGGCCUGCCAAAUGAUCUGUGGGUCAGGCCUCAAAGCUGUGUGCCUUGCAGCCCAGUCCAUACGGACAGGUGACUCCAGCAUUGUGGUGGCAGGAGGCAUGGAAAGUAUGAGCAAGGCUCCUCACCUGGCUCAUCUGAGAACAGGAGUGAAGAUGGGUGAGAUGUCACUAACUGAUAGUAUACUCCACGAUGGCCUUACAGAUGCAUUUCACAACUAUCAUAUGGGUAUCACAGCUGAAAAUGUUGCCAAAAAAUGGCAAGUGAGUAGAGAAGACCAAGACAAGCUUGCAGUUCUGUCCCAGAAUAGGACAGAGAGUGCACAGAAAGCCGGCCAUUUUGACAAAGAGAUCGUACCAGUCUUUGUGUCUUCUAGAAAAGGUCUAACUGAAGUUAAAACAGAUGAGUUUCCUCGCCAUGGGAGUAACCUCGAAGCCAUGUCCAAGCUAAAGCCUUACUUUCUAACAGAUGGGACAGGAACAGUCACCCCAGCCAAUGCUUCAGGCAUAAAUGAUGGUGCUGCGGCUGUGGUUCUUAUGAAGAAGUCAGAAGCGGAUAGUCGUGGGCUUACACCUUUAGCACGAUUAGUUUCCUGGUCACAAGCAGGUGUGGAACCUUCCAUUAUGGGGACAGGUCCAAUUCCAGCCAUAAAGCAAGCUGUCUCAAAAGCUGGCUGGUCUCUGGAGGACGUGGAUGUAUUUGAAAUCAAUGAAGCCUUUGCAGCUGUUUCUGCUGCAGUUGCUAAAGAACUUGGACUAAACCCAGAGAAGGUCAACAUUCAGGGAGGGGCUAUUGCUUUGGGCCAUCCUCUUGGAGCAUCUGGAUGUCGUAUUCUUGUGACUCUGCUAUACACGCUGGAGAGAAUAGGCGGAACCCGUGGUGUUGCAGCUCUGUGUGUUGGGGGUGGGAUAGGAAUAGCAAUGUGUGUUCAGAGAGAAUGAACUGCUCAACAGUCAUUUCUCUUGCACCUCAUUUGUGAAACUAAUGAAGUACUAAAUUACAAUAUGUGAAAUCAGAGGACCAAAGCUAAGGACAGAAACCAUCUUCUACUUCACAAAAAUCCAAGUUGACAGCUUGCUGUACUUUAAUGUGUACCAAGGUGUAAGAUACUGCAUCUAGUAACAUUGUUAUAAAUAAAAAGGGAAAAUCAGAUCAGUCAU